CCAAACGUUCUCACAGGACUUGGCGACCACGCACACAUACGCACUCCUCACUGUGAGUUGUGACUAAGUUCCGGAAAGUGCGCGUAGAACUCUCAGUUUGUUAAGUUUCGCGGCGCGAACGACUGUCCGCUGACCCCGAGAUUUUUUUUGUUUGCUGAAAUACUCCUUUCUUCGUAUUUCAACAUGAUGUGGUGGGCGGUAUGGUGCGCGGCGGUGGUUGCAGGCAGCGCAGGCGCAGCAGCCGCGCCAGCGCCCGACUCCCUUGGACCCCUCGACCUCGUACAGAUUGACCCCCCCGCGCCUGAUGACGAUGGUGUCAGCUACGCCAUGCCUCCCAUAGGAGGCCGCUACGGCUCUGGAGCACCAUGGCUGUACCUCCUAGCAGAGAUGCCACGUGACUCACAGGCGAGCGGUCGGGUGAAGAGGCGUAUGCCGUCCCUGUCGAUCGACCUGCCGAUGUCGGUGCUGCGUCAGAAACUGAGCCUGGAGAAGGAGCGGAAGGUGCAAGCGCUGCGGGCGGCCGUCAACAGGAACUUCUUGAACGACAUCGGCAAGCGAGGUUUCCAGUGGGCGCCCUCCGAAAACGCAAGAUAUUUUUAAGCAUGUCUAGUGCGAUCGCUUUUCUUUGAUUGGUUUGAACUGAUUUAAAUUAUACCUACCUGCCUAGAAAUUUGUGACAAUUGUGACUCACUACAUUGUAGAUUUCAAAGAUAUUAAUAUUUAAUUAACAUUUCUCAAGUGUAGAUAGAUAAAUAAUGUACUUAUUGUAGAAAAAGUUUCAUGAGAUCUCAAAGUCUAUUUAUAAUAUUAUAGGAUGUCAUAAAAUAUACCAAUAUGUAGAGUAGUGAAAACUUAAUGCAAAAGUCUUCAAUAUAAAUAAAAAAUAUGUAUUUUAGAAGGAAAACUUUGAAACAUGUCUAAAUUUUAAUUUUAAGUAGAGUUUAAAUUAUUUAUUUGUAUGUUUUACUGUAAUAUAUAAAGUACACAACA